GAGAGAGACUAGAGAAGAAGAAAAUCCCAAGAAAGGAAAAAAAAAAAAAGAUAAGAAGUUUGACGUUUUUGAAAGCUUGUUGUGAAGCUGGUUGUGAGCUUUUGCAUAUCCAUCCAUGGCGGCUCGUAGAGUCUCUUCUCUCUUAUCUCGAUCUCUGUCUGCUUCCUCUCCCUUAUUGUUUCGUUCUCAAGGGAGAAAUUGUUAUAAUGGAGGGAUCUUAAGGAGAUUUGGAACCUCUUCUGCUGCUGAGGAACUCAUUAGUCCCUCUGUUCAAGUUUCUCACACUCAGCUCCUUAUCGAUGGGAACUUUGUUGACUCUGCUUCUGGUCAGACGUUUCCGACUCUUGAUCCACGGACAGGGGAAGUCAUUGCGCAUGUAGCUGAAGGCGAUGCUGAAGAUAUCAAUCGGGCGGUUAAAGCUGCAAGGAAGGCUUUUGAUGAAGGACCUUGGCCUAAAAUGAGUGCUUAUGAAAGGUCAAGAGUAAUGCUGAGGUUCGCUGAUUUGGUUGAGAAACACAGCGAAGAGCUGGCUUCUCUAGAGACAUGGGACAAUGGCAAGCCUUACCAGCAAUCCAAGAACGUCGAGAUUCCAAUGUUCGCCAGAUUGUUCCGUUACUAUGCUGGUUGGGCGGAUAAGAUUCAUGGACUAACAGUUCCAGCUGAUGGAAACUAUCAUGUCCAAACAUUGCAUGAACCAAUAGGUGUAGCUGGACAGAUCAUUCCAUGGAAUUUUCCGCUUUUGAUGUUUGCUUGGAAAGUUGGUCCUGCUCUUGCUUGUGGUAACUCCAUUGUCCUCAAAACCGCUGAACAAACGCCUCUUACCGCUUUCUAUGCUGGCAAGCUUUUUCUUGAAGCCGGUCUUCCUCCUGGUGUUCUCAAUAUAGUUUCUGGAUUUGGUCCAACAGCUGGUGCUUCCCUUGCGAGUCACAUGGAUGUAGACAAGCUUGCUUUUACAGGAUCCACUGAUACGGGCAAAGUUAUACUUGGUUUGGCUGCUAACAGCAAUCUCAAGCCGGUAACUCUGGAACUUGGAGGGAAAUCACCGUUCAUUGUAUUCGAAGAUGCUGAUAUCGAUAAAGCUGUAGAGCAAGCACACUUUGCCCUCUUCUUCAACCAGGGGCAAUGUUGCUGUGCGGGAUCUCGGACGUAUGUUCAUGAGAAAGUGUAUGAUGAAUUUGUUGAGAAAUCAAAGGCACGCGCAUUGAAACGUGUGGUCGGUGAUCCUUUCAAGAAAGGCAUUGAACAGGGUCCUCAGAUUGAUUCGAAGCAAUUCGAGAAAGUGAUGAACUACAUAAGGUCAGGUGUCGAAAGCAAUGCUACUCUUGAAUGUGGUGGUGAUCAGAUUGGAGACAAAGGUUACUUCAUCCAACCUACAGUCUUUUCUAAUGUUAAGGACAACAUGCUUAUCGCUCAAGACGAGAUUUUCGGUCCAGUCCAAUCAAUCUUGAAGUUCAGGGAUGUGGAUGAGGUGAUAAAGAGGGCAAAUGAUACUCGGUACGGGCUAGCUGCAGGGGUUUUCACAAAGAGUCUUGACACCGCAAACAGAGUUUCGAGGGCUUUGAAAGCUGGAACCGUUUGGGUAAACUGCUUCGACGUCUUCGAUGCAGCCAUACCAUUUGGUGGUUACAAGAUGAGUGGGAAUGGCAGAGAGAAAGGGAUAUACAGUCUCAACAAUUACUUGCAGAUCAAGGCAGUCGUGACUGCUUUGAAUAAGCCUGCCUGGAUCUGAUCUCUGCAGUUUGUAUGUCUCAUCAUAAAUGCUCAAACCAAAGGUAGAGAGACUCUUAUAAAGUUAACAGUAAUAAAAGUAAGGCAUGGGUUUGUAUUUUGUAACUUGAGUAAAAGGAUUGUGAUACUUUCUUUAAUAAAUGUGUAUUCAAA